AUGACUGAAGCAGAAACCGGAUACGCACAAAUUGAGAAAGAACUACUCUCUGUUUUAUUUGCUCUUGAAAGAUUCAAUGCGUACACCUAUGGCGUGAAAGUUCUUGUAGAAAAUGACCAUAAGCCACUUGAGAUCAUUUUAAAGAAAUGCUUACAUGACGCUCCUCUCAGAUUGCAAAGGAUGUUGUUAAGAUUACAGAAAUAUGAUUUUACCUACAAGCAUAAGCCGGGCAAGGAUCUUGUGGUAGCGGACACUCUAUCACGGGCACCACUUCCCACUACAGAUUCAGAGUUAGAGAAAGAAAUAUCUUGCUAU